AUGGGAAGAGUGAAAAGGACAAAUACAGAAAAAAAAAAAACUACUCUUAGCCCUAUUUUAAGAAUAUCUUUAUUUAGCUUCUUAGUAUGGAUAGCAAAAAGUUCCAACAAUGAUGGACACUACGGGGGUAAAAAUGGCGCUCAGAACUUGGGCAAAUCAUGGACCUUACGAAAUGGUAGAUUGUUAUCAGAGCAGCCCCAAAUAGAAUUCGACACCGUGUUUAACACAUUCAAAGAUAGUUUUUUAGAUAAAAUGGGAUUAGCAGACCAGGAACAAGAGCAAAUUAAAGAUAUGAUGCAUUCAUAUUUUAACAAUUUAGAUUUAUCUGCUUUAGAACGUCAGAUUCAACAGAAUCCAGAUAUGUUCCAACAAUUUGGACCAAUUCCAAAUAUGCUUGGUGAGAUUCAAAAAGAUCCGAACAAGUUUAAUCCAUUCUGUCCACUUGUCCCAGGCAUGCCCUUACCUCCCCAACCUGGGACAAGUGCUAGCUCAGACGGGAAACCUGAAGAAGGAACUAGCGGAAGCUCUGAUUUGGAAACUCAACCUGGUACAAGUUCGAAGAAAGGUGGUGCUGAGAAACCAGAAUCAAGUUCAGGAAUACUGGGACCAUUUCCUCCAUUACCAUCAUUGGAGGAGCUUUUCGGAGCAUCGAAACCAGAUGCAUGCGGAAAUGGGGAAUCACGUAUCCCAAAUUUUAACUUCUUAGAAGAGUUACAGAAGAAUGCAAACUUAUUGGGAGAAAUUCAGAAGGGAGCAAAUGGAGCUCCAGGAAAUCUUCGUGGAGUUGAGCAAAACAAGGAUAACAACAAACAAGAUGGAAAACAAGAGGGUAAUAAUAUGGCUGAGGGAACCGAUGGCGUACUUGAGGAAAAAAAGAAAAAGAAGAAUGAAGAAGCUACUGAAGGGGGAAAGAAAAUGGAAAAGAAAAAGCAAGUAGCGGUGGGACAAAAAAAGAGUAAAGUAGAUGCUAGUGAUUCCGAAGAUAAGGAUGAAGAAUUUGAGGAUGCAAUGGAACAAGUUCAGAAUAUGGAAGAACCACAUACACUACCAAAAUUCCCAGCGCGGAAGCCCGAAAUGCCGCAGCCCUCAGAACAGGCAAAUGCUCUACCCUUCGCAAACCUUAGCUUUCCAGGUAUGCCUAAACUGGAUUUGUUAUUUGGUCAACAAUUAGCAAAAGGGAGAGAAACUAGCGCACUAGCAAGUUUUGUUAAUAAAUUAAAUUUUUUGGGUGUCGAUGCUAAAUUAUCUGUAGUUACAACUUUGCUAGUUGGACUUGCUUACUAUAAGGUUGAAUAUUUCGUAUAUCUCAUGAUGUUUAUUACAGGGAUGAAUUUAUUUAGGGAAGUAGGCAGCAUCUUUGGUAAACUGCUUAGAUAG